UCUAUAUAUAUAUAUAUAUAGAAAAACUCAAUAAUUAAAACCAAGAAUAAACCCAAAAAAAAAAUACAACAAAUUAAUUACAAUUGUGAUGAACAAGUUAAUUGCAUCAAUUGCAGAAAAUAAAAACUAAAGCAUUUAAAAUAGCUUAAACCAAAGUACGAUUAUAUCUGCUGCCCAGGCAGGCUCAAUUAAAAAAGGAAACAAUAAUUUAUUGCCACAUCAAUUCAGCGUCGUGGGAAUCGGAUUGCAUUAUAUAUUACCAGUGAUAGCAACAGAAUUUACAUAAUAAUAAUUAACAAAAACCAAAACAAAAACAAAACAAAACCCAAACAGACAGCAACAAUAAUAAACCCAAAAACCCUGGAAAAAGAUAACCAAAUUGUUGUAGACUUUUAAAACGCCAAAAGUUUCUUGUUGUUGAUUAAUCAUAAUAGAACUUGUUGUUGAGAAAGAGAUAGAAAUGCUGUGAUCACAGAAGGGUGUCUAAUAGAAAGCUAAUAUAUAUAGCUAAUCCAUAGAGAAAGUUUAAAGUUAUAACAAGAAAUACCCUGUGAGCAAUGCUUAUUGGCUUAAGCAAGACUAGCAGCGACAUCGUAGCAGCAACCUCGCCUGGCCUAAAACACAUAUCAAAGGGCUAAGGUCAAGAGUGCAGCUGGGCGAGAGGCAGAGGAGAAAGCCAAUAAAGGAAACAACAUUUACCCGCGCCACUCAUCGCCACCGCCCCCGCAUCGCCUGCAAUGCUCUGGUAGCCAAGACAGUUUUACGGUGGAUCACUACUGCGCCGGCGGCGACCCACAAGGAGCAGCGGCGGGAUCUGGACCUGGACCUGGACCUGGAGUGUCUGGAUCUGGAGCGGGAGCGGUAGCAUCGCAACAGCAGGCGGGUCAAUGGUCCAAUGCUCUUGUCGGCGGCGGCGGCGGCGGCGGCGUGACCACCUGCGGUGGUGGCAUUGCGGGCCCACAACCACCACUUGGCAUGUGCCAGCAUCAUGGGCUGACAUCACAAUCGUUGAUGUCCGGUGGCUCGCACAUGUCCUUGCUGGGGAGCAGCGGCAGCAGCGGUAUGAGCGGCAGCGGUGUCGGCAGCAGCGGUCAAAGUGUACCCCAAUGUCCGGCGGCAGUGGAUGCCGCGAUGUUAGCCUCUGCUGCCGGCGGUCAUUGUCGAAGCUUGAGCGGUCUAAGUUCGAUCAGUAUACCGCCACCGCCGGCGCUCUUCAAUCCGUGCAGCUCGGCUCUAUCGCUGCAACAGGCGGCGGCCACCAGAUGGGGACCGCGCACCUCCUGCCCGGUUCACAGUCCGUUCCGCGUUCGUGUGCCCAAUGGCUCCAUCUGCUCCGGACAUCAGGCUCUGCUCCAUAGCCACGAUGUGGUGGCCCGGGAUGUCUACGGUGAGGAGGCGCUGCGCGUCACCCCGCCACCGAUGGUGCCCUACCUCAAUGGCGACGAGCUGGACAACGUCGAGGGCAGCGAACUGCAGCAUGUGACCCGGGUGCGACUAGUGCAGUUCCAAAAGAACACGGACGAGCCCAUGGGCAUCACGCUGAAGAUGACCGAGGACGGGCGGUGCAUUGUGGCCAGGAUUAUGCACGGCGGGAUGAUUCAUCGCCAGGCCACGCUGCACGUGGGCGACGAGAUACGGGAGAUCAACGGCCAGCCGGUGCAGCAUCAGUCGGUUGGCCAAUUGCAACGAAUGCUGCGCGAGGCACGCGGUUCUGUUACCUUCAAGAUAGUUCCUUCGUACCGCAGCGCUCCGCCCCCCUGCGAGCUUUUCAGGAUCAGACCCGCUCCGGUGCUUAUAUUCGUGCGCGCCCAAUUCGAUUAUAAUCCGCUGGAUGAUGAGCUUAUACCCUGCGCCCAGGCGGGCAUAUCAUUCCAAGUGGGCGACAUACUGCAGAUCAUUAGCAAGGACGAUCAUCACUGGUGGCAGGCGCGACUGGAUACGGUGGGCGGAUCGGCAGGACUGAUACCGUCGCCGGAGCUGCAGGAAUGGCGAAUCGCCUGCCAGACGGUCGACAAGACCAAGCAGGAGCAGGGAGAACCGGGUGCUGGAUGUUCCGCUCACGCAGAUGGGUGUGAUGGAUCAGCAGUUAACUGCUCCAUCUUCGGGCGCAAGAAGAAGCAAUGCCGGGACAAAUAUCUGGCCAAGCACAAUGCCAUCUUCGACACGCUCGAUGUGGUCACGUACGAAGAGGUUGUCAAGGUGCCAGUUGGAGAUCCAAACUUUCAGCGCAAAACGUUGGUGCUCUUGGGUGCUCAUGGGGUGGGCAGGCGGCAUAUCAAGAACACCUUGAUAUCGAAGUACCCCGACAAGUACGCCUAUCCCAUUCCACAUACAACGAGACCUGCCAAGCCCGAGGAGGAGAACGGACGCAGCUAUUACUUUGUCUCGCACGACGAAAUGAUGGCGGACAUCGGUGCGAAUGAGUACUUGGAAUACGGCACUCAUGAAGAUGCCAUGUACGGCACCAAGUUGGACACCAUCCGGCGUAUUCACACCGAGGGCAAGAUGGCCAUAUUGGAUGUAGAGCCGCAGGCACUGAAGAUACUCCGGACCGCUGAGUUCACGCCCUACGUGGUGUUCAUAGCGGCUCCCUCGCUACAGAACAUAGCUGAUUACGAUGGAAGCCUGGAGCGAUUGGCCAAGGAGUCGGAGAUGCUGCGCCAGCUAUAUGGGCACUUCUUCGAUCUGACGAUUGUGAACAACGACAUCAGCGAGACGAUUGCCACGCUGGAGACGGCCAUCGACCGGGUGCACACCACUCCGCAAUGGGUGCCCGUCUCCUGGCUGUACUGACAAGACAGCGAACUGGAAUGCCCCGACUGCCUCGAGGGCUGUGACUGCGAGUGGGACGCCUACACGCAGGCCUCUAACGUGGCGCUCUACUGAAGGCCCAAAUGUAAACACGAAGGUGCACGAAGGAUACACCAUGCCACACAUCACCACAACACACCAUUAAAGUAUUACCAAGGCACAAAAAAAACAACACAACUGCAGAAGCAACACAGUUAAAAACCACUACAACAGAUGACAGUGAGGAUUGGAUGAAGGAUGGAUGGAAGGAUAGAAGGCGCCUGGCGCCGAGCUAUAUAAUUUAAGCAUAAGAUGGGUAUUAUGGGAACUGCGGUCGCAACGCAAAGACAAAAGUGUGUUAAAUCACAAAAACAACCCUUUGUAUUUGCCUCGUUUUUGUUUAACUGUUUUAAAUGUAUUAAUUUUAUUUUUAUUUGUAUUAAUUUUAACCAAUUGUAUUUGCCAUUCCAUGCUCAUUGUGUUAUAUACUUUAUUUACGUUUAUUGUUUUGUUGUACUUGUUUUUUUAUUAUUCAGCAUUUAGUCACAAAGAAAAAAGAACAGCAUUAAACGCUUAUGUAAAUCUUGCACUUGUUAGUGUCUAAGUUAACUCUGGAGUUAGAAAAAUCGUAAGAAAACCGAACAGGAACAACCGAAGCACUCCAAAUUGUUUUUACUCAAAGAUUAUUUCCGGUAAGAGUCUUGUGAGCAGAUAGGGCGAGUUGAACGAGUUAGUAAAUUAUAGAGAAAACUACGUAAUUAAAUAUAAUUAAACAUAGACACAAGGAGACACAACAGAAAAACAAAACAAAAAGAGAAAGAAAAAGAAAACCAACAUGAAGAACCGAAAAUAAUAAACAAAUUACGAUGUGAGCAAUUUCAAGUGUUUCAAGCCAAGUAAGAACUAAUUAAUUACAUAUGGAAGAUCAAGUCAAGAGACGGUGGUAAAGUGCACGUUUUAAAUGCAAUAAAGAAAAGGUAACAGAAAAACCAAAAGAUAUAAUUAAUUCAGAUCACAACACUUACACAAGGAGGAAAAUGAAAAAGAAAACAAAAACAAAAACAUAUAAUACCAAAAUACCAAAUUGUUGAAGUUUAAUUGAAUUCCAUGAGAAAUGAGUAAAACAAGAAAAAAAUGCAAUCAAACAUAAUAAUAAAAAACACAAAAAAAGAGAUACAUAAAACAUAAUUGCAGCAGCGUUUAAUUCAAGCAAAAACAAAGUAAACAAACGGAUAAAAAUAAAAACAUAGAGUGAGCACAAAAACACACACAUACUAACUGCAAUUACGAAUUAAAAUAAUUAGCAAAAGGAUGAGGAGCAGGAGAUUGCAGGUCAACGCAAAACAGGCAGAUAUAAGUAUAUAUGACAACAAGAAAGAAAAGUAGGAAAUCGAGCAAAUAUGUAUACACAACACAUAUAUAUAUUUUUCGAACAACUCAAACUCAGGUUGGAUACAUUGAAAAUCAGUCAAGUUCAAUAAGAAUAAUAUAGCGGAGCGCUUCCUUUUAACCCACAGCCAAAACAAAAGAGAAAAUAAAAGAAAAUAAAAUGAGAAAAUGAGAAAAUGUAAAACCUAACAAGGAGACCCAAAACCGAAUCGAAUAAGAUCUUAAGUCGCUUUGAAUUGAAUUGAAUUAAUCGUACACCCACUGGCCCAGUAACCACCCAAGCAGCAGCUUCAAAUUUUCGAGAUACUUUUACAAUGACACCGACAAACUGUCUUAGUAGCAAUCAAGAAACCUGGCAUUUUUUUUAGUGCAGCUUCAUAAGAUCAGCAACCAGCGCUCAGUAAUUUCGCUUCUUUUCUCCUUUUAUAAAGAGAGAGAGAGAUAUCCCAUUCCCAAAGGUACUUUAGCUUCCCUCACAUAGAGCUUCUGAGAUGAUGAUAAAUGAUGAAUGAAAACAGAAUUUAGACUACAACUACAGCGGAGUGCACUUUGCAAUCCAACUACUAGCCCAUGCAGUUGGGUAAUCCAGCAAACUUUUGGAAUAGAAAAUGAAUUAACACUUGAGAUCGAACUUAGUAUUAAACCAAAACCAAACACAUUUGUAAACACGUGCCACACCCAUACACAAGAUUCUCUAGCUAUUCCUUAACAACAAUUUAAGCCUGAGCUUAAUUCGAGCCCAAAACCACACACGACCCACUUGAAUUUCCCAACCGCACACCACACAACAACAACAUAACUUAUAUCCAGAACAAUUCUAUGGUUUCAAAAUGGUUGAACAAUUUUGCAUAGAGUAUUAUCGUUAGACGCUGGGCUAUAUAACUUUUUCGGUUCUGAGCGUGGAUGAAGAUAGCAGUGAGGCAAUGCAAAUCAUAGAAGUAUCCCCAAAAAUAUAAAAAAAAAAAACUUUAAAUUAAAAACAACCGAACCUACCCGAAAAAAACUGAAGAACUAACUACCUACCCACAACCACAAAACGCAGCCAAGUGGCCAAAUUAACUAAGUAUUAUACCUUAAAUCGAACGAACGGGACGAGACGCGGGGAGAGUAACCUUAUAAAGAACAUGGCUGAAGAGAUGCUAGAUGUAUGUACAUUUUGAGGUUCCCCCCUAAGAAAACAAGGCUAAAGUGUGCCAGAAAACACCAAAAAAUUAUGAUGAAAAUGAUUAGGAAAAGAAUGCUCAAAUCAAAAUCUUAUAUUUUAUGGUAUUAACAAUGAUUAGGAACGAUUGAACCGAAUUGAAGGCGAUGGGGGAAACACAGACACAGAUAUAUAGAGAGUAUCCCGAGAUUGAGCUAGGAUUUCGAAGGAUUCGUUUCGUACUUUUACUUGAUCCUUUUUUUCUUAGCCGAUGCGAGCAGAUUGUAGUACUGUACUCUAAGAUUAAUUUCACACUAAGAUUAAGUAAAAAUUUAUUGUUGAUAUUACAUAAAAAAAAAAAAAAAAAAACAAGAAUGAAAAAAACAAAUGAGAUGAACACGGUCACGUAAACCAAAUGAAUUAGAAUUUUUCUCUAAUUUCAUAAGUCAAUGAGGAGGAUGAUGAUGAUAUGAUAGCGAGGGUAAUGAUGAUGAAGAUGAGUUGAUAAUGCUUAUGAUCUCCAAUGUCAAUAUGUGUAGAUUGACGCGAUUUGAGCUAAUUGAGUGAAUUGUUAUUAAAAUAAUAAAUGAAAUGAAAUGAAAUGAAUGGAUCGACAGAUCGAUCGAUCGUUUUGGGGCGCAGAUGGCCGCGGCGUUAGUAAAUAUCAUUUAAAAUAAAUGAUAAAAAUGUCAUUAUAUAUACAUAGUUUAAACAUGGGAUUAAUAAUAAUAAAUUAAAAUGCAAAUGCAAAUGCAAAUGAUAAAGAACCGACGAUGAAGAUGAGAAACGGGAAUGAGAAUUAAAUAAAAACGAGUAAACAACACUGAAAUACCGAAUUUUAAAUACAUAAGUUUUGAAGAAUCAAGCAUGCAGCAAAGACAAAGCAAAAACCCCAGAACACACACAGAAACCGAAACCGAAACCGAAACAGAAACAGAAAAUAAUAAAAUGAACUUCUAUAUAUGAAAAGAGAACAAAAUAUACGAGAGAUACAAUUUCAA